GAAAGCGGCAGAGCGCUUCUCGGUGAGGGCACAACGAGGAGAGCGCGAGGCAGGAAGCGGCACGAGCGAGGCAAUUCCAGUCCGGGCUGAGGCUACCGUACCCACUACGUUAGGUACUAACAUAUUAACCAACUCCAGGAUUCACUGGCUCACACCCAAUGGCAACGCUUGCAGUGCACAGAGGAGAUAAUAUUCUACAAGCGUUUUUACAGGACAGAACACCCAGUUCUUCUCCCAACGGUGAAAUUCAUCCACCACUUUCAUUCUUGGCAACCGGUUGUGGACAAGUCCGACAGAUUGGACAAUCUGUUUCAGAAUUCCCUCCAGUCUCAUAUGACUCUUUUGUUGGGUCUGCUUCUGGAAUGUUUCAGCUUUGGAGCAAUGAUGUCACUCCAUCAUCUGGAAUCAGUACGCAUGGUGUGCCUUUUGGGGUUCCAAAAGUUCAGUAUCAUGGCCACCUCUCAACACCACUAGGAACUCAUGAAUUGCCUCUAACUCCACCUGCAGAUCAUUCCUAUAAUUUGGAACUCUCACCAAUGAAAGUCCUGGCUCCUCAGGUUCCAGCGAACGUGUCUUACUCGUAUCCAGAAACACCUGUGACACAGAAUUUUCCUAAUUUCAUACAGAGCUCCCCCAUGACUUCCAGGCAUUUAUCAACAACGCAUCAUGAAGAUGCCACUUGGUGGAGCAUACAGCAGUCAAGCUCCGGGACCCCCCACUCAUUUCAUUUAGGAAGAUCAGUGAUUUUAGGACAUCAGCCACAGAUAGCUGCACUCCUUCAGAACUCUUCCAAGGGUGUUCUAAGUUCUACUAGACGUUGCAGGAGAUGCAGAUGCCCUAACUGCCAGUCUCCAAGUAGCAGUGAUGAACCUGGAAAGAAAAAACUUCAUGUCUGCCACCUUCCUGGAUGCGAAAAAGUCUAUGGGAAAACAUCCCAUUUAAAAGCCCAUUUGAGGUGGCAUGCAGGAGAGAGGCCCUUUGUUUGCAACUGGAUCUUUUGUGGCAAGAGCUUCACAAGGUCAGAUGAGCUCCAAAGACACCUCAGGACUCACACUGGUGAGAAAAGAUUCUGUUGCCAGCAAUGUGGGAAGCGUUUUAUGAGAAGUGAUCACCUCUCAAAACAUGUGAAGACCCAUCAGAAUAGGAAGCCCAAAGCUGGUAGCUCUCAUGUAGAGAGCAUGAAGAGAGAAUAGAAUAACAGUUAAAUUAGUAUGUGGAAAGGAUACAAAUAAUUGUAAAAAAAAAAUGUUUAGAAUUUGCAAGUGGAAGAGACCACUGGUGAGUAAUGCACUGCAAUCUUCAUGACAAUCGACAUUUCAGUAAAAGUUUGACACUGUUAUUAGAAAAGCAGCAGAAUAGCUGUUACCAGCAGCUUUACUCCACACCUUGCAUGUGGAAGCAUUUGUCAUUUGCUGGGUAUUAUGUCCAGACAAGGAGGUAUUGCAGUUCUUUUUACUGAACCAGCAUCAGUAUUAAUAUUUUUCUACUGACAAGAGUAUUUCUACUUAUAGGGGUAUAUGAAUCCUUGCUCGGGGGCUACUCAUGAGGUUAAAGUCUUCCAUGCAGCCCAACAGACUGGAUUGUUUUAUUUAUUUGUGGGGUUUUUUUUUGUUUUUUUUUUUGUAUGGAGUCUUUACCACUGGUUAAUUUGCUGUCAGGACCAGCCUAGCACCUUAAGAAAUGCUGUCUUUACUGUAGUACAGCUGGUUUGUAAUAUGUGUAUUCUAAUGACUCAUGAGACAGUUUGUAACUCUGAGAUCCAGAAUGCUUGGAAUACUGACAUUUGAGCCAGGCUGCGGCACUAGAACAUGCAGCUGCUUUUAUUGUGUUCUACAAUGUUUGUAACAUUUGUGCAUGGUUUGUGCCGGCUUUAAAUGAGAUUUAUAUUUAUUGACCUUAAUGUUUAACUGAUGCCUUUUCCACUGUCUCUUACCAAGGCCAUUUUUAACCGAAUUCCUGCAGGUGAUUCAUAACUCGAUUCCAACAUGGUAAUCAUUAUGUUGGUCAACUAGUUAGAGGGACAAUAGUCAACAAGUUAGAGGAAAGUCAAGGGAAAGCCAAAUGAAGUGAGAGAAACGAGUAGCCACUCUAAAGCUGAGACUCCAUGUGUGAAGUAUAAUUGGCUUCUCUUAUGAAACCACAAAGUGUAUGACAGGAAGAAGUAUGCUGUAAUUUCAUAAAGAGUUCAUUAGCUAUAUUGCAAACCCAUUUAUCUGUUUCUUAGGCAUUUUGACGUUUAAGAUGGCUGUCACAAGACCUCAAGAAGUACUUUCAGGACUUAACGGUUAGAGACUUAAUAUGUUGAAAGUACUUAAUCUGCUGAGUUAAACCUAGCUGUGUGUGAGCAUACCACAGUGAGAUAUACAUUUAACUCGUCUUUAUUGUUGCCUGAUAGUUUUGCAGUGGUAAGUUGUGUGAUAAUGUACGGAUGGCUGAACUGAAGAUUUGUUAAUAAGCCUGUGGUUAUAGGGAGUGAAACAGUCUGCUUGGGGGUGUGGGGUUGAGGGACUUCCCCUCUACAAAAAAAUCAUUCAUUUAAUGUUCUUGAAAGGUGUGCCAUAGUUUGUAAUUUAUUUUAUCUUACGCAACGAUUAAGUAUCAUUGAACUGUUCACGAGCCAUACAUUAUUUCCUUGAACUGCUGAAUAUAAAAUGUUUAAACAAACUCCCAAAUCGUUAGAGCUACUAAAUUUUUAUAAAGUAAUAAACACAAAGUCACAUGAGAGGCACUACCACAUUAUAAUUUAAGGCUUUAAGUAACACUGUCUGGUAAACUUUGACGUUGUGGAUUCACAAACAAGUAAGUGAGUUAUGAGGCAGAAAUUGUGGUCCUAUUUAUGUGGGAAGAUCUCUUGAGCUACAGUUGUGCAAUAUGCGGCUUAAAAGGAUAUGCUGUCAUAAUGUUCAUUAAAAACUGAAUAAUGAACCUCUACUGAUGAGAUAAAUGUCAUCCAAUGCAAACGUUUGUCACAGUCUCUGGCUUGCCUUGUAUAACAUACUAGUGUUUACUGACAAGAUUCCACAGGAAAAAAACACUUACCUUCAGGCAACAAGACUGAAUUGGCUGCUGGCAGCAUAGAUGGGAAGCAAGGGCUUCACUGGAAUUUACACACUGUUUAGGCUACCUUCCACCUUCUUUCUGUGGUAGUCAGUAACCUUAACAGUCUCAAUAGGAAAAAGUAAACAACUGAUCAUUUGUUUCUGUUUAGUAAUUAUUCCUAAAUUAAACUAAUAUACAUCAGUAUUUCCAAGGCAUACUACUGAAGUUAUGCAUUUUGGAGCUGUGCUAAAUUAUCUAUUCUUAAGUACUUAUGCCCACAGCUACAUUACCCAAACAGGCAACAAGUCACUUCAAGCUGAUUUUAAACACUUAAAAUUGCAAUUCUCCAUUUACUUGAACUACAAAUACAAAAUAGUAUGUGCUUUAGUAAUGUACAAAAAAUAAUCUGAAAAUUACAGGAGGAAGGGCAUUCAUUAAUCCAUUUAUACUGGAUAUGCCAUGAAGAUGAUACAUUUACAUACAAGUCAUUAGAAUUAGGUAUGGUUACUGCAAGAGUGACUAGUUAAAUUUUAUCCAGGUUAAGAAGGGAGGAGGGGAUCAAUGUAUAAGAGUGCGGCAACCUAUCAAAGUGGUAAAUGUCACAUGGUCUUAUUUACUGUUGCCCCAAACUCACUCUGCUGGAUUCUUUGUACUGCAGUGUUGCCAUCCCUGCAGUAUAACCACGGGGUAGAUGUCAACUGAUGCAAGAAGGCAACGGUGAGUUUUAUUUGUUCUCGUUACAGGUACCCUGCAUAUUAGUGAGGUCCCAGGUGCAAGCCAACAGGUUUCCAAUAACAAACAAUAAUUGUGCAAGCUGAAGUGACCAGACUGGGUUUUUGAGAGACAAUCAUGUGCCUCAUGCAGGAGGAAGGGGCACAGGUUCGCUGAAAUUGUUUUAUGUACCAACCCAUCUUAGUUUUAUUUAUAGAAGAAAGUUCUGUCAGUAAAGCAAAACAUCAAAUUUGGAUACCAAUACAAAAAAAUGUCAGAUUAGUAGCAGCUAACAGGAAUUACACAGGCUUGCAUGUUCCAUGCGUGAGUUUCUUCUACUUGCAUAUUGAUUCGGUACCAGCAAACUGAAGUUAAUGAGUAUGUCUGUUCGGUAUUUUCUUUUCUACUUGUAUGGUCUUCAAAUUUCACAGGUCAGGGCAUAUAUGUUCAGAUAUGCUUUGUUUUGCUGUACUGAUUUGUUUAUUUCCAAAGUGUAAGGUGUACAUAUUUUCCUGCAGAUCCUUGUAAGCCAAUAUAUUGAGACAUCAUGUGAACUAUUUAAAUAAAAGUAAUCACAUUUCAUAGAAAUUUUAACUGCUGUAGUCUGUUUUCCAAAACAUGACACUAAGAUUAUGGGUUAGAUUUGUCAGUAAUGUUUGGCGAUAUGUGAAGAUCACCAUUUCAGGACAGUAAGGCGAGUCUUACACAUUUGGUUAAUACUAGAACAUCAACACAAACGUGGAAUUCCCCCGAACCUCUAGUUAAUGAC